AUUCAUGUUAUACACACCUUAAUCCUGCAGAAUUCAUUCUCGCGAUUUUUGGUUGACAAAAAUCAAUCCACACAACAAUUUUAAAAUGCAUGGAUUGGGUAACAUGGACUUUAGGUUUCUCAUUUCCCAACAGUUGUCUGGGCGUGGCUCUAUCUCAGGUAUUAAAGGACCAAAAACAAGGACCGUGAGCGCUUUUAACUCCGCAGGGACCUUACGUAAGAGCACGCGAUCGCUCAGUGCAUGAAACUCCAACCCUUCUUAAAAGUAGUAAAAGCGCGCAAUUCCCUUUAUGCGAAAGGACCUGAGACACCACAUAAGCCAGGGAAAUCCAUCUUCCACAACCGUGAUGCGGCACAAGGAGACCCGGCUAGAAAAGGUGUGGAAGUUAAGAUACAGCACAUUAGUUCUCCCCCAACUUCCGCCGGAACUAUGCAAGUGCGCAGGCGCCGGCAGUGCCCUCGCUUUCUCCUCCGGCAAGGCACCCAUUACACUUUAGGUCCGGACAGCCUGAGGUCAGCUCCGGCUCCAGGACGCACUUCCGCCCUCACUCGGCUGGGCUGCCCCGCGCCUAAGCAAUUCGCGACCAUACCUGAUAUUCCACCAAAGCCUGGAGAACUCAAAACCGAGCUUUUGGGACUGAAAGAGAGAGAGCACAUUAAGCAUGAACCUCAAAUUUCUCAGCAAUAGAAAUUUCAAAAUACAACUGUGCUAAGAACUCUGAGAAUAUUGUCUUAAAUAUGUAUUUUUUUUAAUUUAUUGAGUCAAACUACUUGUCCUUAAGUACCUACCAAUGCCAACUUCAGAAAGAGGUACUCAGUAAAUAUUGACUGAUAUGGUGACAUUUUUAUAUUUGACCAGACUCUGUUGUAAACUGCCAAAGUAUAUACAUCAUCAGCUUCUUGAACAUGGUUUAGAAGAUACCGAGCCUUGAAUAUAAUUAUGCCUUAAUUAUAAUAGCAACGUGUCCUGCCAUUAUAAUUCUGGUUUGUUUUUCUGAAUAAGCUUCACUGCAGURGUAAAAUGGGAAAUAUAAAGUAAAUAUAAUAAAAGCGAUAUUG